AUGUUCACAGACGGCCGUUGUCAGCUGGCAUGCCCUUGCCAGACACCUGAACAGCAGCAAAGUGAUAUGGCGAUGUUCCAGGAGAUUUUCGGCGCGGGUGGCCAUUUCCCUUUGUCCAACUUGGCGUGUGUUGGCGUAGAAGUCCAGGUUUCAGAACGGAACAAGAUCAAACUGGAAAUUGUUAUGGGUCCUGUCUUUUCUUUCACGGCAGCAGGAUGUGCCGAUGUAUUGAAGGCGUUUCCAAUCCUUCCCGCUCCUCCAUUCUUCGGUGAAGUCACAAUCGCGGGCCAGAUUUUGGUUGACGUAUUAGAGUUUGACGCUCUCGAUCCAAACUCUAGCGUGUGCUUGGUUGGUUCGGCCUCGCUAGAAUUUGAUUUCGGCGUCGAUCUCUGGAUCAUUCAGAUUAGUUUGCUGAAGGCGGGGUUGGAGGUCGGUGUCAAAUACGACCCGAACAUUCCAGGCUGCGCUGCAAUCGUAUACGGGACUAUCUUUGUUCAGUUUCUGAUCCUCAAGUUGUCAAUGCAGCUUCGGUACCACACAGAGCUUCAGGACUUGAGUUUGCACCUGCACGUGUCGGUUAACAUCAAGAUCUUGUUCUGGUCUAUCACAGAGGAUAUCGGGUCAUGGAGGCUGAUCGGAUGA